GGCGCGGAAGGCAGGAGCGGCUGUACGAGGGGAGGGCCGCGUUCCCCCUGCUUCUCCUAACCUGGAUUGGGCCUCCAUGCAAAUCUCCAACGUGCUGGGGUGUUGGGACAGCCUCAGGCAAAGAGAACCCCGGUUGAAAAGACUACUAGCGAUGAGGAAUUCUCACAACAACAGCAACCCUGCAGAGUAGCCCAGCGUUGAAUAUCGCAGGACCCCAUGUCUGAGCCGGGGCCCCCCACGCAGAUGGAGUAUGCUCUGCGCCGGCGCUUGCCGCGCCGCCUCCCUCGCCGGCGCAGUGACAUCUACAUCAACAUGAAGACAGAUUUCAAGGCGCAGCUGAGCCGUUGCCAGAAGCUGCUGGCCCCCGGCAGCGGCUGCUCCGAGAUCUGCAUCCAUGGGCUGGGGCUGGCCAUCAACCGCGCCAUCAACAUCGCCCUGCAGCUGGAGGCCACCGGCAGCGGGUCCCUGUGCCUGGCGGCAAACACGUCCACCGUAGAGCUGGCCGACGUCGCCGAGCCGGAAGGGGACAGCGACGAGCCGCUGGCCAGGACCCGGAACAACUCUGCCAUCCACAUCCGGGUCUGCCGCAUCGCCCCAGAGUAGCUGCCGGUCCGAAUUGCCCCCUCGCAGCUAGGUGUCGGUGUCCCUGGGUCCCUGAGGAAGAGCGCCUUGCUUCCACGAAACGACUCGCAUCGCUCGAAUCCCGGGGUCCUGUGUUGUGUAGGAGUGACUGGGCGAGUGGGGGGAUCCCCACCUUUCCAAACUGGUUUUGUCUUUGCUGGCUGAACUGGGCACGAGGUUUGCAGUUUCUCUCUCUGCACACGGAAUGCAUAAUUCUCCCAUGCCAGCACUGAAUGGGAGGCUUGUUUCUCCCCCUUUUCUGGCUAAAUUGGAACACUGUCGUUCCUAUUCCCCAGGACUUGGCCAUGUGUGGACUUCUCUCUGUGGGAAUCGGCGCCACCCUACAGCAGAAGUGGGACCUGUAGAGGACACAGCCGGGUUUUUUCCUGGCCUGAAAACCAAAUUGUUACCUAAGUGGGGCUUGCAUUUUCACUUGUUCACAAGAAGGAUCCUUACAGGCCUGGCAUUGCAGGCUGACUUCCUUAAUGCUGUGGCGUCUGGGGUUACUUCCGAACGUUUCAGUGUGUGUGUAUGUGUGUCUUGUGGCAUUUUGGAGUGUAUUCUUUGCUUGCAUCUGGGAAAUAAACACUUGUUUUACCAGGAGGG